AUGCUCGUACUGUGGGUUAUCUGCGCCAUAGCCUGGACACAGGUGGGAACAGGGGCAGAUGUCGGGGGCAACAUACCAGGGGAAGCGGGCACACAUGAUGAAAGCCUGAACCAACAUGCGGAAGUCCAGAGGAACGACCCUCCCCCAGGUGCGGCCCACUUUGAAGACUGUGCAGACCUUUUCCCUCUACUCUACUGGACAAACUCAGUACACGAUGGAGUCUUCCCCAUCAAACCUGAGUCUUACUAUGGCAACUUUGACGUGUUCUGUGACAUGACUACAGACGGUGGGGGCUGGACUGUCAUACAGAGGAGGUUUGACGGGAGACUCAACUUUCACAGAAACUGGGCAGACUACAAAAAUGGGUUUGGAAGGGUCGAGGGGGAACACUGGCUUGGUCUGGAUAAAAUUCACAACGUAACAUCCCAGACUAACUAUGAGUUAUAUGUGCAGCUAGAAGACUGGGAAGGUAACACUGCCCAUGCUAGAUAUGACACCUUCAAUGUUGGGGAUGAGAGUACAGAUUAUACACUGCGCAUCGGGGGGUACAGUGGGGAUGCUGGGGACUCUUUGGCUGUCCAUAAUGGUAUGAAAUUCAGUGCUAGAGAUAGGGACAAUGAUGUGUGGAGUAGUGGUCACUGUGCUCAGGAUCGUUCAGGAGGCUGGUGGUAUGACGCUUGUGCUCGCGCUGUUCUGAAUGGUCUCUACUUCCAGCCAGAGGACUACCACGGUUCUGACACAGGGUGGGGUGUUUACUGGGUCGGCUGGAAAGGUUCGUACUACUCACUGAAAGCCACCAAGAUGAUGAUACGGCCUGGAAACUUUGUUCGCAAUCUGUAACUUAACAGCUACUCAUACAAAGCUUAACAUUUACCAUGCUCUAUGCGUCAGUUUUGUAGCAGCAUGAUUAUUAAAGAUUAGAAAUGUUUACAUAGUCAUACAUUGUGUACGUACUUGCAUGUACAUUAAUGUACCGAAUCUAAAGAUAGGGGAUACCAUUGUCAACAAUGGUUGAACCAUGGUUGAAUUUUAAGGAUCUCCUAUACAUUUACAUAUUCAUUGUUUGAUAUGCCAAAUGCUUGAUCUUGGUAUCACUUAAAGUGCUCCACAGUGCAAAGGUCUAUGAUAUAGUGGUUAAAGCAGUAUUUGCCACACAGGCCAUUAAGUCUACAUUACUUCUCUGUUCUAAUUCAUCUAAUUAUUUAUUUAUUAGUCAAUUGUAACCAGUUUGCGAACAAUGACUUAUUGUGACAAUUACACACAAAUUGUUCUUUUUACAUCAGUUGGUCGGGGUAGGGCAGACGACGGGCAAGCAAGAAAUUUAGGCAACUGGGUCAUUGUAGAGUCUUUCGGCACAAUAUAAGAAUGUCUUUCUUAGCCGUUCAGUUCUAGCUUUCGGCUUAGUGAACGGAUUGCUGUUUCUUAACUGUCUUACUCUUGCCAAACUUUACAAGGUAUUGAUUGAUGGUCGAGGUUGUUUGUUGGGAAUUUUCUUAAUUUACAAAAGAAGAGGUUCAACUACUUGUAUGUUGGCCUGGGACUAUAUUGGCUUAUAGAUUCCUCUGUAUGUGAGUAAGACCUUGAAGUGUAUUUGUUGAUUAUAUUUGUAGACCGAAACACUUGACACUAAAAACACACAACUCAAUUAUGUCAUAUUAACGCCACAGUCACCGCUGCUGUUGAAAUUACUCACUGAUCAAAGCAGGAAACUUAUCAACAUGGAGACAGACAUAUUCUGAUGAUAUACAAGUACUUGUAAAAGAGCAAACAUAUGUCAAAAGUUUAAUCCAUGCAACAGUGCUUUAGCAGUAUUGUAAGUAAAGAUAAAGGUUGCACACCAACUACUCUCUCAAAGCCACCAUGAUGAUGGUACGGCCUCUAAGCUAUAUCCGCAAUCUGUGACGUAACAGCCAUUCAUACAAGCUAAACGUUUACCAUGUUUCAUGCAACCGUUCUGUAGCAGUAUGUCUAGUCAAGAUUAAAAAUGUAUACACGUCAUACAAUGUACAUGACAUGUACACGUGCCAGAUUUACAGGAAUUUGCACCAAAUUUUCAGUUGAUGUAAGUCAAAUAAAGACGUGCUGUUUACCUUGAA